AUGGAGUGGCAGGGGAUAGCCAAAGAUGCUCGAAGCAAGGUGCUCGAUGCGAUACCAUCAACCUGGUGCCUGGAUUCAAAAUGGACGUCUCAGACUGCUAGUAGUGUCAUCGAUAUUCCUCGAAACAGUGGCGUUCUGACCAAGAGGCAACUCGAUAUCACCGAUCAGAGUCUGGUUCAGCUGGUUGUGAACCUCGCUCGCGGGAUCUUGACAAGCGUUGAGGUUACAGAGGCCUUUUGUGCCAGAGCAGCCAUUGCUCACCAACUUGCACGCUUACGGUUUCCGCGACAGACGAAUUGUUUGACAGCAUUCUUUCCCGAAGAAGCGAUAGAUGCUGCCAAGGCUUGCGACGCCCAUUAUGCGGCAACAGGCAAAGUCAUUGGACCAUUACACGGGAUCCCUUUGGCAAUCAAGGACCAGUACAAUGUCAAAGGGCAUCCCUCUACUCUGGGUUACAUUGCAAAUUAUGGGAAUGCUGCGCAAGAUGAUGCUGCCAUUGUCAAAGUCCUGCGAGACUCGGGAGCCGUCAUAUUCGCAAAGACUACGAUGCCUCAGACGGGUAUGGCACUCGAGACUACUAGCAAUCUGUGGGGCAGGACCAUCAAUCCUUACAACAGAGAGUUGGCUUCAGGGGGUUCCUCUGGUGGCGAUGCUGUUCUGGUUGCUAUGAGAGGCAGUCCUGUUUCCCCAUCCUCCGACAUAGGCGGCUCGAUCAGAGCCCCGGCAGCCUUCAACGGACAUUACUCGAUCAGGCCUUCUGCCGAUCGGAUUUGCAAGACUGGUAUGGCCACGACUUUAUCGGGCCAGAUCUCCAUCAAAGUUUCAUGUGGCCCAGUCUGCCAUAGUCUGGAUGACUUGAAGCUAUUCAUUAAGGUCAUCAACGCAUAUCCGAGCAUGCAAUUCGCGCCAGGCGUGGUGCCUCUGCCAUGGAGGGACGUCGAGACGCCCAAGAGAAAACUUACGUUUGCCUUGUGGGACUUUGAUAGCGUCUGUAUGCCGCAUCCACCUAUUCUCCGGGCUUUGAAGGAGACUGCAAAUAAACUGACUGCUGCUGGACACGAAGUGGUGAACGUCGACCUUCCCUUCGAUUGUUGGACAGUAGCGUUGACGACCUGGAAGAUCUACUUCCAGACUGGCGCUGUGGAAAUGAAAGCGAAGCUUGCAGAAGGCGGAGAAGACAUGUUGCCGUCGCUCAAAUAUCAUCUCGAGGCCUUCGGCAUCAAACCCUUAAGCGCAGCAGAGGCCUUUGGCUUGAACCGUGAGAUGUCGGAGUACAAAACAGCAAUGUCACAUUGGUGGAGCACAUCAUCGUCAAGGACAGACAGCGGCCGACCAUUCGAUGCGAUCAUCGCCCCAGUGCAUCCCUCCACCAGCUAUCCUCACAAUUUUGCGUCGUGGUGGGGUUAUACCACCAUCUGGAAUAUCCUCGACUAUCCUUCAUUGACCAUACCAAUCAAGAAGUUCAAGAUUUCCCCUGAAACCGACCCGAAGGACCUCGAUUACAGACCAAUGGACAACAAAUUUGACAAAGCAACUUAUGAGAUGUAUGACCCGGAGCUUUUCGCGAAUCAACCUGUUUGUUUGCAAGUCGUCGGAAGGCCUUUCCAAGAUGAAGAGAUUGUUGCAGUCGCAGAGGUCUUUGAUGGGGUUGUCAAUCCGCCCACAUGGAGGCUGGAAGACUACAACUAG